AUGGCAACUCGAGUUGGGCGCACCGCUAUCAAUCGUGGCAUUUCGACCAGCUCCCCACGUCUGGCAGCUACCAAAAGAAGAGCCCAAGAUGAGAUUCACAGACCAUCGCUCUCGAGCUCUUCAGUCGGCCAUCUGUUCUCCGAAAUCAACGCUAUGAGACCUGGCAUGGAAACUCUCAAGGAUCGGGCAGACGGCAUGUCAGAAGAUCAACGAACUUUUGCUCGGAAAACCGCUACGUGGUUGAUGGGAGUUCCUGUCGUUCUGGGCACAUUAAUUGUGGGCGGGAAUUGGCUCUUGAAAGACAGAGAGGCUCAACCUGGAUCGUGA